AUGUCAAACCAGAACUCGGAGUCGACAAAUUGCGCAGAUGAGCGCCCAGCAUGGCAGGAGGAAGGUUUCAAUUCCCAUCAAGAAUGGCAAGACUGGCUAAACGAAUCCGAAGCCACCGAUAAUGCAUACGACGCCCAAGCGGAGGCGCCACCGCCUGAUGAUAGCGAUGACGAUGAAGGCUUUGGCGAGGAGUUUGUUAGCGAGCAAAGUUCACAGGACGAAGAUGACGACGACGAGGAAUCAGAAAACGAUAAGCCUGGAGAGAACGCCGAGCCUGAAGACGACAGCAAUCCCGAAGACCAUUCCGAGGCUGCAGGCAGCCGCGAGCCUGGAGUAAGCAACACCCCAAACGUCGACGAGGCUGCGCUCAUUUCUAUUUACGGCUUCGCCCACAACAAGAACAAAGACUAUGCCCUCGUUGAGCAGUCAGCUCGUGGAGCCCUCAACGCUAUAACCAUAGCUCUUCAAGACAUCAUCAACAGGAGCCAGGCGCGACAAGGUAACCCAGAGAGCCUUGCAAAAGAGAUCGAGAGUGCCUUUGCCACGACUUUACCUACGUAUUUAAGCGUCCAGGCAGUGCUCCAAGGUGGACCACAAGCUGUCGGGCGGCCAAUUCCCCUCAGUGCCCUUCCUCCGCAGAGUAAUCAACCCUUGAUCGGCACCUCUACCGCCGUGUCUGUCCCGCCCUCUCCGCCUCCGCCUCCGCCUCCCCCGCCACCUUCAACGGCCAGUGGUGUCGGAGCCUUCACCACUGCAAGAGAUGAUAGCAGCGCUUCCCAAGAAGAAGGUGCUGACAGCGACGAUGAAGAGGAUGUUCAAGACAUUACAACGCCGUCACGCCGAAUCAAGCAAUUCAGGCACCAGUAA